AUGAGGCUGUCACUUCGAGUCGGUGCGGCUGCCGCAAUCAUUAUCAUAACCAUCCUCCUCAUCAAUCGCAGCCUGAAGACCGAGGGUGAAUCAUUCACAGAUCUAUUGCACUUUGACAGGGGCUCUUUCCGCACUUCCCUCAAACCCAGACCCCAAUAUGAUACAAGCGCUCGUCGGAAAUGGCGGGUCGCCUCGGACAAUAAACCUGCCUUGGUUUAUCAGACUACAGACAUCGAGGUGCCCAAUCAGGGCGCUAUCGUGAUGGCCAAGCUCAAGGAGGAAAAUACCGCUUGGGUUUCGGCGGAACUGUCAGAGUGGCGCAGCAUCGUCUACACCGUCGACGAUACCAAUGCUCCGAUGCACACCCCGAAAAAUAAGGGCCGCGAGUCUCUCCCUUACCUCCAGUACCUGGUCGAUCACUACAACGAACUUCCAGACGUCGUGGUCUUCCUGCACAGUCACCGCGACGGCAUCAUCGCCGGUUGGCAUAUCGAUACCAUGGAUUAUAGCAACGUGGACUCGGUGCGCGCAUUGCGGAAGGAAUUCGUCGCCGAAGCAGGCUUCGUCAAUUUGCGUUGCCAGUUGAGCCCCGGAUGUCCCGUUGCCAUCCAGCCAUUCCGUUCACCGCCGAUCCCUGAAAGCCCAGGCGAGGCGCACUACGCUAAUGCCUGGAAAGCGCUGUUCCCCAACGAGCCUGUUCCGCGUGAAGUCGCCGCCCCCUGCUGCUCCCAGUUCGCCGUUUCCCGAGAGCAGAUCCUCCAGCGUCCCCUCUCUGAUUAUCAGCGCAUGUACGACUGGGUCAUGAACAACGAUUUGCCGGAUGAGGUGACCUCAAACAUUAUGGAGUACACAUGGCACAUCAUCUUCGGCAAGGAGCCUGUCUACUGCCCGGAUCUGUUCAAGUGCUACGGAGACGUCUACGGCGAAGAAGUCGUCUUCACGUAA